AUGGAUUCUAAAACUAGAUAAUAAGCUGCCUGGUUAACAUUAAUAACAUCUGCUAUUGUUGGAGGAUCUUUUUAUUAUUUUUCAUCACAUGAAGAAUUAUAUGGUAAAACAGUGUUAUGAAAAUAUUAAAUAGAGAGCGAAGACUGCUUUAAAUUGAGAAAUUACACUCAUAACUAUUCCAUUUUUUGCAUAACUUUUGCUAUAUUUAUAAUGUUAUUUUUCAAAUGAAACCUAUUUAGUUUAAUAUGGAUGGUAUCAAGGUUGAUAAAAGAUGAAGGAUGUAAUUCAGGCAUCGAUUGUAUUUAGCUGCUCUCUGGAAUUGUAGGAGUCAUUUUCAUAAUAUUGUUUGCCGUAAGUAUUCUAUUAUUUAGAAAUAAAGUAUGCACUCUACUUAAAAGAACCUUGUGGAGACCUAAGAACAUUCACAGUAAUAUAUCUAAUAAUAAUAUCAAUUUUAUUUUGUUGUGGGUGUUGCGGAAUGUGUUGUGCUUUGAGUACAUUGAAAUAAUGA